UUCAACUUUCCUUCGUUUCUUGCAGUAUCUGAUUGUCUUUGUCUUUACAUGCAACAUCUUGGGAAUGGGAGUGCAAAUGGGUAGUGGAGCUGAGAGCUUUAGCAUUUUAAAUUUUCUCAUGUUCUUCUUAUUCAUUUUCAGCUUGCUUUCGUCGAAUUUUCAUUGUGCUGAAGUUUAUAACAUAACUCCUUCCCAUCCAUUAGCACAUGGACAAACUCUUGUCUCCUCUGGCUUCAUUUUCGAAUUGGGUUUCUUCAGUCCCAAUGGUUCUGCUAAUAAGUAUGUGGGGUUAUGGCACAAGAAUGUACUUCCGCGUAAAGUAAUGUGGGUGGCAAACAGAGAAAAUCCUCUUGCAGUUGCAGACAACUUGGCUACUUUGAGAGUUGGCAGCAAUGGGAAUCUGGAUCUUGUAGAUGGGAAGCAGAUAUCUGUCUGGUCAACCAAUACUACAUUUCAGGUGCCAUCAUCUACUACUAGUUCAGUCAUUGCAUCUCUUUUAGACAAUGGAAACUUCGUUGUCGAAUAUAAUGGCUAUCAAUUGUGGCAGAGUUUUGAUUACCCUGCUGACACAAUCCUAAAAGACCAGCUGCUGGGCUUUGAUAGCAAAUCUGGAAGAAAGAAUGUCAUGACUUCCUGGAAAAGUGAAAGUGAUCCAUCAACUGGGAAGUAUUCGGUAGGACUGACACCUGAGACACCACCACAAGUGUUCAUUUGGAUCAAUGGAUCAAUUCCCUAUUGGAGGAGUGGGCCUUGGGAUAGAUCAAAGUUCAUUGGCAUACCAGAUAUGGAUGAUCGAUAUGGAAGUGGAUUUAGUCUAUAUGAGAAUUUAACAGCAAAGUACUUCUCUUAUAGUUUUUCUGACAGUACUCUCGCAUAUUUCGACAUCUCUUCAGAAGUGUUAGUAUAA